CAAAAUCGUAGGCUUGCUGAACUAGAGGAAGAACAUCGCGCCAUGCUGAUCCGACAAGAACAACGGGCUAAGGAACGAAGCCAGUGGUUUGAACAGCAUCGGGCUCGCUCAGAUUAUCGACACAACGGCACGUCAGAUGAGAAACACGCGGAACCAGCGAAUCCGGAUGCACAUGGUCGAUACGGUCGUCCACGUUUCGAUCCGAAACAGUCGGGAAUA